GAUAGAGCAACACGCAAGAUGGCGGCGAAUACUGAUAGGAGAAGGAUCAAUGCGCCAAGUGGCGGCACCUCUGCGCCGGUCUUUGCGAAGCCGGUCAAAGAACCUGGGUACCUUCAAUUGCUGCGGCCGAACAGAAACAGAGGGCCCAAUGAACUGCGAAAGACCUUCCUUCAAACAGGCGUUGUGCCCUCUGCGUCAGGUUCUGCAUACCUCGAAGUACCAACCACAACGACAACUUCACAUUCUUCUCUGAUCCCUCCGACCUCGAGCCUAAAGAUCGCUGCGUCCAUCCAAGGUCCAAAGCCUCUCCCCCGCAGUGCGCCCUUCUCCCCGACACUGGUGCUCACGACCACCGUGAAGUUCGCGCCAUUCGCUACUAGACAUCGGAGAGGAUAUAUUCGCGAUUCCGCGGAACGCGAUCUUGGCGUCCAUUUGGAGACUGCACUGAGGGGUGUCAUAAUCGGCGAACGGUGGCCCAAGAGCGGGCUUGAAGUCGUCAUUACCAUUCUGGAAGGAGAUGAAGAUACGUGGUGGGGUGAUAGCAAGGCCGAGGGAGGAUCUGGCAGCGGUUGGGGUCUACUCAAUGUGCUGGCCGGUUGCAUUACAGUUGCAAGCGCUGCGAUUAUGGAUGCGGGCAUUGACUGCGUUGAUAUGGUAGCAGGAGGAGUGGCGGCAAUGACAAGAGACGGGCAAAAAAUACUAGACCCAUGUCCAGCGGAGCACCAAGACAUUGUCGCUGCCUGCGCAGUGGGUUUCCUGGCGUCAAGAGAUGAGAUUACGGAACUAUGGCUCAAGGGUGAAGUCGGCGCGGAACCUGACGAGCUUAUCGAGAGUGCCACGCAUGCCGCAAUGGGUAGUGUCAGCGUACUGAGGGAGGUGCUGCUCGAGAACAUAGAGACAAAGACGAAGGUCGCGAGUGAGGGAUCAAAAAGGAGACUCGAGGACCUUGAAGUGAGGGAUUAACCGAACGCAUGACUGCAGCAAGUCUGACGCAUGGAUCAUGACGGGUCGUUUGGAUAUUUUUUGCAUAGCGACGGCGUUUACAUACCAAAAGGAUGGGAGUGAAUAUCAGGAGCAUAGCAUUCCGGCUGUCCAAUCAAUGCUACGUCAUGAUUCCACUGUGAGUUGCAUGUCAUGGUUUUAUGGGUAUACAUCCUCAUCGUUGCACGGAAACCCAGUCUCGUAAAUCACCUCCAUAUGCUCCAUGUUCCACCAAUAUCAACAUUUUCACCAUG